AUGGGGAAGAUCACAUUCUUUGAGGAGAAGAAAUUCCAGGGCCGCUGCUACAACUGCAGCAGCGACUGUGCCGACCUGCACACGUACUUCAACCGCUGCAACUCCAUCCGGGUGGAGAGCGGUGUGUGGGUGAUCUAUGAGAAGCCCAACUACAAGGGUUUCCAGUACAUCCUCAGCCCUGGGGAGUACGCCGACAACCUGCAGUGGAUGGCCUUCAGCGACAGCGUCAAAUCCUGCCGUGUCAUAAAGAAUGUUUAUGGCAGUGCAUGGAAGCUGAGACUGUACGAGAGGCCAGACUUCGGAGGGCAGAUGGUGGAGUGCUCCGACGACUGUCCUUCGGUGUAUGAUACCUACAAGUUGCGUGAGGCUUACUCCUGUAUGGUGAUUGAUGGUGCCUGGGUCCUAUACGACCUCCCCAACUACAGGGGGCACCAGUACCUCCUAGAGCGAGGCGAGUACCGGCAGCACAACGACUGGGGGGCGACCUCUCCUGGUGUCGGCUCCUUCCGGAGGAUCACAGAGUUUUAA